UCUAAAAUAAAUGUUAGAUUUUAAAAUGUCGUUCACAUGAUAACUGUUUAAUUGAUAAGAAAACGCGCAAAACAUGUAAAAGUUGUCGUUUAAAAAAGUGUUAUACAAUGGGAAUGAAAACGGAUUUCAUUAAAAGUAAAGAAUCGGAAGUGAGUUCACAAACAACUAACGAAACGACUGAUCUGUUGAUAAAAUUGUCGUUUAAACCGGUGUUUAAAGAAAUACAUAACGAAAACAGUUUCAAUGAAUUAGAGUCCAACCGAUUGUCAGAAUUAUUCAAAGCCUCUAAGGUUUUCAACUAUAAGUCAAUGCAAACAAAAACGUUAACUGAGAUCAUAAAUCUGAAACAAAUAAACAUAGUCUGCAACACAAUGUUGGACAAGGAUGUGUUGGAUUUGAUCCAAUUUACCAAAUCGUUGACAUCGUUUAAAAAUAUGUGUUUCAACGACCAAAUGGCACUUUUUAAGUACGGAUGCCUUGAGAUACUAAUACUUCGCUGCUCUAUAUCUUACGAUACUAACACUGAAUAUUGGAAAUGGGUCUGGCUGUCGGCAAUAAUACUGUUUAACCCGGAUCGACCCAAUAUUUUGCACCGAGAUGUCGUUAAAGCUGAACAACAAUUGUAUAUUUAUUUACUGCAACGCUAUCUGUAUCUGAGAUACCGAUCGGAAGUGGAGACACACAUGAAAUUAGCGAAACUUAUGGAUCCGUUAAAGGAUUUACAGAUUAUUUGUGACAUUGAGAAGGAAAAUUGUCUGGAUGGAAUUGGUCCUAUUCUUAAGGAGAUUCUGUACGAUAUCACAGCUAAUUAAUUCAGUGAAUUAUUUUAUUAAUAACUAUAUUAUUGUA